AUGGAAAGAGCGUGGAACAACAAGUUGGAGAAAUAUUGCCAAACAUUUCCAGAGCUCGGGGAGCAAUUAACGAAGCGGAUGCGAGGAGAGCUCGAAUUCGAGCAUCUUUUGACAUCGAUGCAAGUCCCGGCGACUGUCCAAGCCACGAGAACAUUCAAUGGACAAGUCUUCAACACGCUUCUCGACCGUGUGCCUAGUCUCAUGGCUGGGGGAGCAGAUCUGUGGAAUUCAAAUCAACUUGGCGACCAGUCACAUCGCAUAUUUGACAGUGUCAAUCGACAAGGCAGGGUUAUCAGAUAUGGCAUUCGCGAACAUGCAAUGGCAGCCAUCUCGAACGGGCUCGCGGCGUAUUGCCACCAGAUGAUAGUCCCAAUUACUGCCACUUUCUUCAUGUUCUACUUGUACGCAGCGCCAGGUGUGAGGAUGGGCGUCCUCAGUGGAUUAAAGGUCAUCCAUAUCGCCACGCACGACUCGAUCGCCGAAGGACAAAAUGGGCCAACUCACCAGCCCGUCGAGUUGGAUUCACUGUUUCGAGCCAUGCCAAACCUACUUUACCUUCGGCCUGCCGAUGCUGAAGAAGUAAUCGGGGCAUGGCUUGUGGCACUCUCGGUGAAAAACCGGUCUGUGAUGCUGUCGCUCGCAAGAGAUCCAGCGCCCGCGGUGGUGCCCUCUACGAGUCGAUUCAAGGUUGCGCAGGGUGGGUAUGUUGUCGUUGAGAAAGCAAGGGCCCUCGUAACACUCGUGUCUUGUGGAUCGGAUCUGCCACAUGCUGUUGCCGCUGCGGCCAAGCUCUCCGCCAGCAAUAUACCAACCAGAGUUGUGAGCAUGUCUAGUAUUGAUUUGUUCGAGCAACAGGAUGAAUCAUACAAGGUCUCUGUUCUGUCGGCUUGCAGGCACAUCAUUUCUGUAGAGGCAUAUGUGUCCACUACUUGGGCACGUUACUGCACGGCAUCGGUGGCAAUGAGCUCGUUUGGUUAUAGUGGGAGCGGCCCAGCGAAUAUGGCACGCUUCGGGCUGGACAUGGACGGAAUUGUACGUAAAGUCAAGGCGCAUGUGGAGAGUGACCCAGACUUGCUCAAGGCACGAUGGAGGCUCCUAGUAUAG